AUGAUCUGGACCUUGCAACGCGAUCGGCCAAAGUGCAAAGAAUCUGGAACCUUCCGACUGUCCAAUCGUCGAUUUGAUCCCUUCUCUUGCCGCAUCGUGAUCCCCCUGGUCAUCAGCUUCGACUGGGAGCUGAGACAAGUCCGCCAUCGCCGGCGUCAGGCCAGAACGUUCGAGGCCGUGGUGAUCAUGUUCGAUUGCGUUAUUGACAAAAGGCUCUGCAAGGAAUAUCGAGUGCUUGCAGUGAUGAUGAUGGACAACUGGAACGCAUAUGAGCAGGACGAUCAAGAUGAGGAUUUGCUAGCACGGGAGUCUCGUACCCUGUGGCUGCCGCUUCGUCUCGCCACUGGAAAAUUCACCCAGGCGUGA